AUGGCUCGGUUCAUUUGUAACAUGAGGACUUCCCUGGCUAUUUAUAAAGGACUUAUAUCUCUGCGUUCCAUGGCGACAUACCCCAGAGUAGUUCUGGGAAUUGAAACAAGCUGUGAUGACACCGGGGCUGCAGUUGUGGAUGAACAUGGAAAAAUACUUGGAGAAGCCCUUCUGUCUCAGAAAGAUGUUCACUUAAAGGCAGGUGGCAUUAUUCCAACAGUGGCACAACAGCUUCACAGAGACAAUAUCGAUAGAGUUGUUAAUGAAGCCAUCAUUUGUAGCGGAAUUUCAGCAAGUAACCUUUCAGCUGUUGCCACAACAGUGAAACCUGGUCUGGCUCUGAGCCUUGGAGUUGGUCUAAUUUACAGUUUAGAUCUGGUGAAGCAGUAUAAUAAGCCUUUUAUACCGAUACAUCAUAUGGAAGCUCAUGCCUUGACUGUUCGGUUGUUGCAUCCAGUAGAGUUCCCAUUCUUGGUACUGCUGAUUUCAGGAGGACAUUGCCUUCUGGCUGUAGCUAAUGGCAUAUCAGAUUUUUUGCUGCUUGGACAGUCAAUAGAUGAAGCACCAGGUAACUCUCUGGACAAGGUUUCCAGACGCCUUUCAUUGAUUAAACAUCCGGAGUGCUCUUGUAUGAGUGGGGGACAAGCAAUAGAGCACUUGGCUCAGUUUGGGGACAAAACGUUUUGUAAACAAAUUCUACCACUGUCAAAAUACCAGGACUGCAACUUCUCCUUUUCUGGACUGCAAAACUACUUUAAUUGUGUUAUUCAGAAAAUGGAGGAUGUGGAAGGUAUAGAAAAUGGAGCUGUUCUUUCAUGUGCAGCUGACAUUGCUGCUUCAUUCCAGCAUGCUGUGGCUCACCAUAUCAUCAAGCGAACACAACGAGCUAUUCUGUUCUGCAAGCAGGAAAAUAUUUUACCAAUUAAUGCAUCCUUGGUUGUAUCUGGUGGGGUUGCCAGUAAUGGAUAUAUUCGUAAAAUGCUGCAAAAUUUAACAGAUUGUAUGGGAAUGUCCUUGUUAUGUCCACCGCCACAACUCUGCACUGACAAUGGCAUCAUGAUUGCUUGGAAUGGUAUUGAAAGGUUGCGUGCUGGUGCUGGGAUUCUAAAUGAUACUUUUGAUAUUCGUUAUGAGCCUAGAGCUCCUCUUGGGACAGACAUUUCAGAACAAGUACGGAAAACUGCAAUUAAAUUGCCUCCUCUUAAAAUAAAAUAA